AUGCUAAUUAUGCAAACGCGGCGGCUAUACGAUGGGAUUUGAAGAGGCUCUUUGUACUUCCCCUCUUGGGGGGGGGGCUGGUCAGAGGUAACAGAAGAGUAGAAAAGACAGGCGUUACCGGUGAGGGAGAAACACUCACUAUGACCUGUGUCAGCAGAUCUCUUCCAGUUCUUCCAGUCAGGGAGCGCUGUUGGAUCUCCUCGCUUCCACUCUGCACUACCAGAAUGGUUGAGCCCAGCCCUCCAGCACUUCACAUUCACUCCAGUGGGGAUGUCAACAUGGCAGGCGUUGGUGUCAAAGUAGAACGUGAAGACUCAGGGGGAGGGGCUGCAGUGGAUACCAGCGUCGAACUUCGUAAGACGUCUCCUUCGCGUGAUUGGUCAGGAACUCAGCACCUUGAGGCUCGCCAGUUGACCCCACCACUGUCUCGCUCCCCUUCAGAGGGAUCUCCAGGUAAGGACCUGCCUCACAGACAGAGCCCCAUGGGACUGAAGGAACCUAGGAUGCAUGAUCGAUCAGAGGGACAAUCCAACUUGAAAGAAGUGAUGCCUACCAUUGAGAAGCUGCUGAAUGCUGACUGGAAGGAGAAACUACUGGAUAAAAGCACAGUGGGGGCAGGACAGCUGAAAGGUACCCCCGAAUCUCUGGCAGAGAAGGAGCUCCAGCUGUUGAUGAUGAUCAACCAGCUGAGUGGUCUGAGGGAGCAGCUCCUGGGAGCCCACUCUGAGCAGAGAAACAUGGCCGCCCUGUUGCUGGAGAAACAGCAGCAACAGAUGGAGCUGGCUCGGCAACAGCAAGAACAGAUUGCCAAGCAGCAGCAGCAGCUCAUCCAGCAGCAGCACAAGAUCAACCUGCUUCAGCAGCAGAUCCAGCAGGUGAACAUGCCCUAUGUGAUGAUUCCAGCUUUCCACCCCACCACCCAACCCCUCCAGGUCAACUCUGACCCCCAGAUGACCUUGCCACUGCAGCCGAUCCCCUGCAAGCCGACUAUGGACUACUCCAUGCAGCUACUGUCAAACACUCACCCCACCCCCGUGAAGAGAAGCAGUGGUUCCCUCCGACAGGAAGCUAGUCAGCCGUUGAACCUGACCUCCAAGCCCAAGGGUCUGGAGCUGGGGAAGACACCCAGUCCACAGAGCCUGGAGCUGGGAUCACUGGCACUGCAGGGGGCAUACAGACCCAGAGAUCUCCAGAGAGAGAUCUCCCACAGUCCACCACGAUCUGCGCUCAGUUUCCUGGGAGACGGCGACGUGGUCACCCAGGCUAUCCACGAUGCCCAGCAGCUCCUGAGGAGCCAUGGCAGCGCGGGGCGGGAGAGGGACAGGGACCGGGAGAGAGAAGUUGGCGGAAAGGCGGAGUUUAAGGUCUCUCCUCGCAAUGAGAGGAUGUCUCAGAGUGAGAGAGGUGAGGACAGACAUGGCCUGCCGUCCACUGAGGACCACCUCAGCAGUGAUUCUGAGGGUACCCUGAACAUUUCCGUCCCAGGCGGCUACGCUGAGGCACGGCCCCCUCCCUCCUCAGGCCACAUAAAGAGACCGAUGAAUGCCUUUAUGGUGUGGGCCAAGGACGAACGCAGGAGGAUCCUGCAAGCUUUCCCUGACAUGCACAACUCCUCCAUCAGCAAGAUCCUGGGCUCCAGGUGGAAAGCCAUGUCUAACCAGGAGAAGCAGCCUUACUACGAAGAGCAGGCGAGGCUGAGCAGGCAGCAUCUGGAGCGCUACCCCGACUACAAAUACAAACCCCGGCCCAAACGGACCUGCAUAGUGGAGGGACGACGGCUGCGGGUGGGCGAGUACAAGGCCAUGAUGAAGAGCCGCCGGCAGGAACAGAGAGGGACCUACGGGCACAGUCAAACGGAGCCACAGCAGAUCCAUUACCCCCACAGCGAUGGCCAGUACCCGGGGGGUAGCAGCUCGGUCUCUGUCGCUACCAUGCCUUUUCACCCUGCGCUACUGGAGCAUUACCUGCCGCAAGUCCCGCCCGUCCCCCGCAGAGCUGAGGGACAGGCCACGCCCACCUCUCUGCCUAGGGAGAGAGAGCGGGAACGCGAGAGGGAGCGACCGCCAUACAGCGAAGGAGAGGAAAGUGAUGGGGGGGAGAGGAGUGAGGGGGAACUGGUGCUCCUUACGGACUAAAGAAAGGCAACUGGGAGAGGACCCAGGAAAAGGAAAAUAAAAGAUGAGGGAUGGGACGAGAGGGGAGGGUAGCUGAGGUGGGCGGGUUGCUCUUUGAUGAAUGGCAGUCAGAGAGGAGGAAUGGAGGAUGAACUAAAGAAAUGGUGAGGGAGUGUGUGAAUGGGGGAAUAAAAAGGAAACGUCAUACUCACCCCGUUGUAAAUUAGCCUAUUCUCCAGUAAAACCUCGCCUACACAAACAAAUAAAGGCAAGCUUUUAUCAUUUCCCUUUACACGUAUCAUGUCAUCACAUGCUUUGUGUCAAAACUUUGGAGUUAUAUUUUUGUAGGUUUAUCGUUUAAUCCCUUCUGCUUCUUGUUUUCUCCCCAUGUUGACCCUUUGGCAAACAAAAUGCCCCCACAAAGACUGGAAUUAAAGCAGAUUGAUUAAAAGUUCAGCAGAGUACCUGUUUCCUCCUGUCAGACAGCUGAGGAACAGCCGCUCUGGGGUUCAGUAUGUCAGCUUUGCCACCUGCUGGAGAAGAGUGGUUAAUACUACUGUUGCCACACAUCCUAUUUAAGUUACACCACAAAUCAAACUGGAGGGAUAAAAUAAUUGGGUGAUUAAAGGUGCAUAUCAGCAGUUUUGGUACUGUGUGCUUUAGGAGAUUAAAAAAUAAUGGUCAUAUUCAGUAACAGUUGCCUCUGGCCAUAGGAUGAUUCAACACGGUAAAAAAAUAUAUCCUAUAUGCACACUGCCACUUAAAUGUGUGUGCGUUUGUAACUCAGGCUUUAUGUUAGAAAUGUUCAGUCUUUAAGCUCAUCACUGCACACAAAUGUGAUGCACAUAAAAGUUAAGGAUAAACAGUUCUACAAAGCCUGCAGGAGGCUGAAACAGCAGGUAGGGCAGCAGCAGUAUUAACAUGUCAGGGGGAGAGAUUCAAUCAUCUGGCCAACAGACGCUGCUGCUACCUUCCCUGAGUCUCUGCAGUGAGCGUUGGGAGAGCUAACUCUUUCUCUCUGACUUUGCUUAGUCUAGCUAAUGACAAAAAGCACAGAUUGUGUUUGGCACACUCUUAUUCUGCAUUUGCACCAUUUGGAGAGUUAGCAUGAAAGGUUUAUCUCAACAAACCUUCUCCCAAAAUUUGCAUGAUCCAUGUUCAAUCUGAGCUAUCAGCCUUUCUACACAUCCAACUGGCAGUUGUUGCAGAUCCGCAAGUCACUUUGCAACCCACCUUUCCACAGGAUUCUCCUUAUAUACUGAAUCUGAACUAAUCCAUUGUCAUAUCUGCCGCUCUGUUGUGCACAGGGCCUUCCCAUGUCUAGCUUUCUAUGUAUGGAGUGGAAGGGCAUCCCAGAAUAGUAACAUGCCAUAUAUAAAUAUAUAUAUGACAAUCUUUUACGUGUAUAGAUUUAUGUAGCACCAGCCAAAAGCAAAGCUAGCUUUGAGCUGAUAAAGGAGGACUUCAUUCAGUGUAGUUCAAGAUGUGCUUUUUUUCAAAUGUCUUUUUCUGGUCGGACAGGCCUUGUUGCCCAAAAGUAACGUACAAUUAAUCAACAUUGAAACCUCACCAUCAUCCUCCCACAUCUCACUGUUAGUUUGAGCCAUGCUGCUGUCAUCGUGUGUCCAUCAAUGCCCUCUCCACAGCAUGGUGGGUUAACUUCAGCCUAGCCUAUUUUUUUAUACCUCUGUUUGCUUCUUUGCAUGUUUACUGGAUGUCGUGUUGAACACAUCGUAUCUGUGUAUCCAAAUGUCUGCUGUGUUUUUCUUCUGAGAUGCUGCCUCUCGCAGCACUGGAGAAAAUAUUCACAUACAAUAUGUUUUUAUUAUUAUUAUUAUUAUCAUUAUUAUCACUAUGCUUUUUUUUUAUCUUUAAAAAUGUUUGUCAAUUUCAUCUAAAAAGGCUAAAGUAUUUCCUUUUAUCGUCUUUUACGUUCCUGUUCCUGUAACAGAGAGGCAGAUCAUCCCCAAAACUGUGAGGCUGUGUCUCUAAUCACUGCUUCUCUCCUGCCUUAGAUCUGUUAUACACAGCAGUCAGCAGCAGGUUUGUGGACAAUUGACCUUCAUUUUGCAUUGUUGAGUAGUGCAAUGCCAUUUAACACACCCUCAUAAACAUAUGUGUGUGUGUGUGAGUGUGUAUGACGUAAACUGAGAGUGCAGUAUAGAGUAAUUAGGGAGUGGUUUUGGACACAGCCUGUGCCUCAGAUUGGAGAGAGAGCUGUUGUUUAUUGGUACAAAACCCCCAUUUCCUUAUGAUGGGAACAAAUGUUUAUCUAUAAAAACUUAUAUAUAAUAUAACCCAAAGCAGAAGGAAGGUCGAUUUAGCAAUGAGAACUCAAGACACCAUAAUCAUCCCUUACUGAGUAACAUUUACUCCUCAUAAGCACUUACUAGUGUGUAUUCUUUAACAAGUUUAACAUGCUGAAAAAACAAAACUAGGUUUUUUGCAGUUAGCCUGCAUGUAAAAGAUGGACUGGGACUUUACCCAUUUGUUUUGCACUUGACUGAUGCGAUGUUAAUUUUUUUAAUUAGUAAUUAGUUAAUGCUGGCAAGCUUGGCUAGCAAGUUACAAAUAUGUACAGGUAUAACAAACUGCUUAACACUGCCAAUUAGGUUUUUUUUAGGCAACCCCCCCCAAUAAACAAUGCCAAUUAGUGCAGAAGACAAAAAAAUACUAGAACACUCACCAAAAUGGAAGGACAGACUUCCAUAUGUCAGGCUGUACCAUAGAUCACAUCUAUGGUAUACCAUUUGUUAUAUACUUAAGUUAAAAGGGAUAAAAGAAACAAACAUGGUGGCUUGAAUUAAGUGGCUUUUCCUAAACAGCCAUCAAUUACAGCUUCAUGUCAAUCAGUGUGGCCACACCCCAAACUUAUUUCCUUUGUAAUGCUAGUAAUUUGGCUCUUUCAAUGUGAAACCAUGUGGACUGACUUGCUUUUAGAGAAAUAUACUAACAGUAGCAGCUUUGCAUACUGCCUGUAUUCCUAAAUCAACGGAAUCGAAUAUAAUGAAGACAAAUCUGUCUUUUUUAAAAAUACCUUAAACCCUUUACUUUUUAAGUAGCAGCAGUAAAGGUUAGUACAGGAUUUUUUAAUAGAUUGAAUGCGUCACAAUUGUAGCAGCUCUAUUCUUUGAUCCACAGAAAAAAAAUAAAGCUCGAAAUAGACUUGCUACUUCCUGGCAUGUUGUUGUUAUCCUCUAAAAAGCUCAGGCUAACACUUUUAGACCCAAGGAUAAUUUUGGUGCCUUUGUUCUCAUCACUCAGUGACCCUGUUGACUGAACAUAAAGUUUGUGCGACUGGCUCAAUCCUUCAUUGGCUCAAUCCUUCAUUGGCUGACUGCAAAGUUGACAAAUCAAAGUGGCAGACCUCGUUGGGGUUGGGGCUCGUUGUAAGGAUGCUGGCUUUUGUGUACAGAGAUGGAUAUCAAUGACAUGUUUAAAAUGUUUAUCCUAUUUUAGUGAGACGUGAUGAGGAGUCACCUGUCGUUAACCCCUGCUGAUGUAAAUAUAGAAAGAGACUUUAUUUUGUUUAUAAGAGCUUGUGUAAUUUAAAGGUGUACAUUUCUCUAUGUUUUCACAGUUUUGUGCUUUUUUGUUGUUGUUUUUUUCAAAAGAUAUUAAAAUUGCUUGUGUUAA